AUGUUGAAACACCUGGGAUGUAACUUUGAAGAGGGAAAAAUGAAAUUUGAAGAUCCGGUCACAAAAUAUCCAAUUAUGGCACUUUUAGACCCAUCUCACAUGGUUAAGCUAAUACGCAACGCAUUUCAGGUCUACCAAGUAUUUGUUGACGAGAAUGGCAAAAAAAUAAAGUGGUCCUACCUUGAGGAACUAAACAAGCUCCAAGAAAAGGAAAAAUUUCAUUUGGCGAACAAGUUGAGAUAUCGGCAUAUACACUAUCACAAUCAAAAGAUGAAAGUUAAACUUGCCACCCAAUUAUUUAGUUUAAGCGUAUGUGAUGCCAUAGAUUUUUGCAGAGAAGAACUAAAUUUACCAAUUUUUCGUGAAAGUUUACCAACAACAGUUUUCUUAAAUACAAUAAAUAAUUUUUUUGAUAUACUUAAUUCAAAAAGCAUGUCACAACACGGUUAUAAAAAACCUAUUAAUGAAAAUAAUGCUAAAGAAAUUUUAGAAUAUAUAGAUAAAGUUGCUGGCUAUAUAUCUAAUUUAAAGUGUGACAAUGGCCCACUUUUGAUUGAAAGCCAAAGGAAAGUAGGUUUCAAAGGGUUUAUCGGCUGCGCUGUAGCUGUCAGACACUUUUAUGAGACUCUUGUUCAAACUGGAGAAUUGGUCUUUUUUCCUUUUUAUAAAACAAGCCAGGACCAUCUAGAAUUACUUUUUGGCAAUAUUAGAUCUCAUGGUGGAUCUAAUAACAAUCCGACAGCCAGGCAGUUUAAAGCAGCAUAUAAAAAACUAUUAGUUCACAUAGAACUCAAGGAUUUCGGCAGUGGCAACUGUAAUGCGCUUGAACAGUUAUCUAUUUUAACCUGCUCAGCUGUUGACCGGAUUAAUUUGACCACGCCGUCAACAGAAAAAGCUUGCGACGACGAAUCAGACAAUGAAUUCCAAGAAGAAAUGCUGGAUCAUUAUUAUUUGACAGAUUUCAGUAUGCAAGUUAUAGGUAAUUUUUUUCACACAUCAUUUUUCAAGUUUUGA